AGUUCCAGGCAGCAUGGAAGGGUAAGUCUUUGAGCCCCAAAGCUGCAAGGACAGUUUAGAGCAAUUAAGUGGCCUCAGGACAACGCUGUGGACCGCCUGGCACCUGGGGAUCUGGCCGAGGCACGGGCCUUGCGUUGGCUUUACCUGAGUGGAAACCGCAUCACCCAAGUGUCCCCUGGGGCGCUGGGCCCUGCUCGGGAGCUGGAGAAGCUGCACCUUGACAGGAACCGGCUGCGAGAGGUGCCCACUGGAGCCUUGGAGGGUCUGCCUGCCCUCCAGGAGCUGCAGCUCUCCGGGAACCCACUCAAGACCCUGCGAGCUGGGGCCUUCUCACCUAUGGGCAGGUCGCUGCAGCACCUCUUCCUGAACAGCAGCGGCCUGGAGCAGAUUUCUCCUGGGGCCUUUUCAGGCCUGAGUCCCAGGCUCCAGAGCCUGCACCUGCAGAAGAACCAGCUUCGGACCUUGCCUGCCCUGCCCAGUCUCAGCCAGCUUGAGCUCAUUGACCUCAGUGGCAAUCCCUUCCACUGUGACUGCCAGCUGCUCCCACUGCACAGGUGGCUCACUGGGUUGAACCUGCGAGUAGGGGCUAUCUGUGCUACCCCUCCCAGGGUCCAGGGCCAAAGGGUGAAGGCUGCAGCUGCUGUCUUUGAAGCCUGCCCGGGAUGGGCUGCCAGGAAGGCCAAGCGGACACCAGCCUCCAGGCCUGGCGCCAGGAAAACCCCCACCAAGGGAAGAAAGUGGGGAGCAAAUAAGGUGGGGAAGGAAAGGGGUCGCCUCUGAGCAGAGCAGGCCGGUCCUGCCUCCGCCCAGCCUGAUGGCUCUUACUCUCAUCAGGAACAGGCUCCGAUGAGGUCUUCGCCGCAACCUGCAGGUCAUCCUCCAGCAGGGGCUUCUUGGAGCCCUGUCUGAGGGUCCGUGUCUUGGUCGGCGGGACUCUUUUCCCUUUGAAUAAAAAAAAUGGACUCAACCC